CAAAUAAUCUUGAGCUAAAACCUUUGACCAUUGAGCAAUUGGAAGUAUAUAUUUCCUAUUUUCCUCCAGAAAAUAAUACAGAUUUAGCAAUAUGGAAAUUCAUCGUUGAGGGAAAUAUUGAUACAAUGAUUGCAACAUUAAAUUAUAAUAAUGAAACAAGUAAAAUUCAGGCUACUUUAAUUCCUGUUAAUAACAAAAGACUUAAAGACAUUACAGAAAUGCUCAUAAAAAUGCCCGUAUGCUCUGAUAAUUCUAUGUAUUAUGAAAUAUACGAUUUAGAAAUCGCAAAUGUUGAAUUGGUUAUUGGUAUUGAUGCAAAUA